CGGGUAUAUUGACAGCAGUCCGCACGUUGCCGACCAGUUAGUAGGUCCUCUGACACCGCGGAGAGUGCACGCGUUACGUUAUGCCACACUUUGAUAACUGAACGCACUCGUUCCGCAGAAAUUAUGACUUAUGGACCGCCAGCCGGUAACGAAAGCGGCAGAUUAAUAAUUCUAGAGCGAAAAUUAAGAAUAGUGUCCAGAUAUUGGGAGGUCUUCGGCGAAACGUCAGCCGAGAGGCUUCCGCGUCCAAGGGAACUGUAAACUUUCGCACUUGUUUUGUGACUUUACAACUUUUUUCAGUGUUUUAAGUGAUAUACGUGAACUUGUGUUAUAUUUUUUUUUGUGUUGUUUAUUUUUUUGUAUGCACGAUGGUACCGCAGCAAAUUUCGGAUGUGCGAUCUAUGACGCCUACCUCCAGCGUGCCAGUUUUUGGAUCUCAACUGGUUGACAAAAACUCGUCGACGCCUUACACUGAUGCUACUCAGGUACAGUCAGCCAAAUACACAUCUAUGACGAAGAAGAACAACCCGAACCACAUCAAGAGGCCUAUGAACGCGUUCAUGGUCUGGUCGCAGAUCGAGCGCAGAAAAAUCUGCGAGCAAACGCCGGACAUGCACAACGCGGAGAUAUCUAAGAACCUGGGCCGCGUGUGGAAGACGCUCAACGACGAGGAGCGGCAGCCGUUCAUCGACGAGGCGGAGAGGCUGCGGCAGCUGCACAUGCGCGAGUACCCCGACUACAAGUACCGGCCGCGCAAGAAGACGGCCAAGCCGGCGCAGCGCAGCGGCGUCAGCAAGCCCAAGCGCAAGCAGCGCGCCGACAGCAACAACAACCGCGGCACGGCGCGGCGCCGCAGCCGGCCCGCGCCCGCCGGCCUGCCCGCCGACGCGCCCGCGCCGCCGCCGCUGCCCGCGUCGCCCGCCGGCGCGCCCGACUCGCCCGAGUCCGCCUGCUUCUACGACGACUCGGCGCGCCGCGACCAGACCGACCUCACCGACCUGUACUCCAUCACGGACCUGCUGCCGCUGCCCGCGGACUGCGAGGUCGACCUCGACGCGCUCACGGACAUGGAGUCCUUCGAGACGGCGUCCUCCUCCUCCGGCUCGCACUUCGAGUUCUCGUGCACGCCGGACGUGUCCGACAUGCUGAGCGAGAUCGGCGUGGCGGGCGACUGGGACGACCACACGUUCUCGUCGUACCUCACGUCGUCCUAGAGCGCGGCGGGCCACGGCCGCCGGCCGCCACCACUGAUCUCAUUCGCGAGCCGCCGCCCGGGGGCCGACGCCGCGGCGCCCGCUCGCCGCCCCGCCUAGAGAGUGCCUACAUCCAAUCGACGUGUCGACAUUUGGAUUCAAUGUACAAAGUUAUUUAAUAAGAUUCGAGGGUGAAAUUUAAGUUGUAAGCGCGCCGGUCGCGUGGCCGGUCCGUCUUCAGUUCUCCGGUACUCCCUUGUGUUGAAUGCGAACUGUGAACGGCUCCCUGGCCGACGCCGGGUCCCGAGCCGUAGGCUGUGAGUUGGUUCUCGUUACACGUGUUGCUUUCUUGAUGGUUUCGUUGAAAACAAAGACAUUCGGUGAUUUCCAAACGGCACGUCAGACGCAUCUCAGUAAAUAAUCCGUCUUACUCUCCGUCGCCCGUCCGGCCGCUCGCCGCGCCGCUCGCCGCGCCGCUCCCGUGCGGUACAUUACUCGACUCGGCCGCUGCGUGAGUUCGCGAUUCCUAUGCCUUUAUUUAUGUUAUUAGCGAUCUGCUGUAAGAACGGUCGUUCAUUUAAAUUUCAAAGUCUUAGACGAAACGUUAUCGACCGAGUAAUAGAAUCAUAGGACUAGGUUGUAGUCACGUUCGUCUUGAGUUCUAUCCACUGUACGUAGGUUCACUUUGUAUACUUUGAUGCACACAUAGUUAAUAAUUUUACAUUCGGAAGCCAAUCGAUGUGUCAAUUGAGGAAUUUCGGAACGCGGGUUUUUGAGUAGGACUUUCGGAGGGGUCCCUUGCCGUGGAUGCUGUACGGCGGCGAGCAUUGGAGCGAGCCACGCAUAUAUGUCGGUCGUCUGGGCCUUUCGUUGCGUGCGUGACUUUUUCCAAAUUCAUCGGGAGAACGGCAAGGGCAGUAGGUGUUUAGAGUUGAUACGUCUUGUAUAGUGUACGUUAGGUCGUGUAAGGUAUAUUUCCGUUCAAUGGUAAGAUACGAAACAAUUGUAUUGCAAAGAGACGAUGGCACCUCGAGAUCGAUGCGAAGGGACACUGUUCGACUUUCUUCUUUCUUUCUACAUGUUCACGCUUCAAUUUGUAUAAAACGUCUAUAGAAAGAUACAUAUCAGUAAAGGGGGUGUAUUGAUUCGCGGGACGGUGAUUAUAUAUCGUAUGAACAAAACACUAGUUCGGUUCCAAACAAAUGUUUUGCUGUUUCAAACUCUGUGAUUUACUUUAUGGAUUUUCUAAAUUAUAAGGAUCUAGUGGAGACUGAUAUCGCAUAGAUUAGUUUUAGCAUCGCUAGCUUCUCUAUUUUUGUUUUCAUUUUUAGAACUGGGUAUAAUUUUUGUGAGAAAAUGAAAAAAAAAAACAAUACGUACCUAUUUUUGAUAAUUUGCCUUUCUGUGGGGAUCGGGUUGCUUGGGUUGAUCUCAUACAAACUUGCACUUGCAGUAUUGUUUCUAAAGCUAGAUAACGUUUUGUACGAAUUUAUAGUUGCAAAUAUCCGACCGGCGUUGGACCCGAUGUCCACAGCAAAGCACGAGCUAAACUCAAUUUGUAUAAAAAAUUCGCAGAAACUGUCAAUUCAUUGAAAAUGGAGUCAGUUAGCGGGGUAAUGUUUCUCAAACGAAUGUUACCUCAGUCAUUUUAAGAUAUAAUUAUAAAUCUUCUAAAAUAUACUUUUUCAGAUAACGAACAAUAUUUGUAGAUAAUCUGUGUCCCUAAGAUAUAUUUCAUUAUAGUAAGAGAUCCGUUGUGCUGAUUAAUGAAAAAAAAAGAAAAUGCUUUACUUAUAUUAUUAUAUUCUUAUAAAUAUUAUAUGUAAAAAUGACUUCGUGUAUUAACUUAGUGAGUGUCUACGAAAUCCAAUUAUUUUUAAAGAAAAUGCAUAAAAAUACAUGUUAUCUAUACAUUAUAGUGAUGUGACUCUGUAAUUAAUACUGUCUUGUGUGUCGUAGAGCGAUAUUAUAUUAUACAUUAUAUGGAUAAUAAUAAAAAGAAAAAAAUAAAUUUGUGCCUAAUGAGUAAACUUGAAAAUUUUCAAAAUAUGUGUAAUAUUUUAGUGAUGCUCAAGAUAACUUUAUAAGCGCGUAGGAUUUAUUAGAUGCUGUGUAAAUUGUUAAACUAAGGUUAUAUUUUGGAUGCCAGACAUGCAUUUUGAGUUGAUUUCGCUUCUGUAUAAGUUUGCAAUAAUAGUUUACCGUCACAUUUAAGAAGUCUACGUUUUCCAGUAAACAUAAACUAAAACAAUCAAUGCUGAUCCACUGAGAUAUUGCUGAUGUUAAUUAAGUAAUUGAAGGGUUUUCCGUCCACAUCGAUCAGUCAUAGCAACCAUGUGGCCAGAAACAUCAACAUUGCAAAAAACUUUAUAAAAAUCGCAUUGUGUAGGAAAACGAGGCUUUUAUUUAAAUUUUUGAUUACAUUGUUAGACCCCCACGUAUUUAUAUGCUCGAUGUUAUUAAGUUCAAUGAAAUUAAUAAAAUGCGUAGACGCAUCUUCCAUAUUAUCGUUCACACCGAGCAUAUCUUCACGUGGUUAUCUAAUCUAAAUACCAGCAUUCACUAUUGUUUCAAUUUCCAAAAUUUUCUAAUAUUUCUAAAAUAUCAUCCAUCCUGAAGGGAGCUCUAUCGAUUUGGUCUUUGGUGUGAUAGUGAAUGAUGGCAUUAGGUAUGUCAUAAAUAAUAAUAUUGACAAUGAUAUUUACUUUUAGUUUAACAUGAAAUUUCUAUGAAGUAAUGAAGAUCGUCAACAUUUUGUAAAAUUUACCAAAGAAUGUUUACAAAAUGUCAUGAUUUACAAAUUCAUAUACAUUAGCUAUUAUUUUAUAAUACUACAUUAUGAUCUAUAAGCGAUAUUGAUGAUAUUUAAUCUUUAGAUUCAUUGAACCGUAAUAUUUUAUGCUAUUUGUAAUUUGGUUUAUUUAUCAUGUGCAAAUUUUUUGAAAAUGUUUGGCUUUAACCACAUAGAUUUCUUUCACCAAUCACUUUUGAUAAAAAUAUUCACUUUAAACAAUUAAAGCAAUAUACUUAUAGUGACACGAACGCUCAAAUUAGAAUAUUAUCUCCUCUAUUAACUAUACAAUUCUUCGUUCUUAACUAUGUCAUUUCGUUAAUAAUUACGUUGCUUUCAAAUUUAUUGCACCUAUUCAUUUAAAAUUGUUAUAAAAUGUCUUAUAGUAGAAGCUUUUUUCCAAAUUUACUGAUUGUUGUUUUUCAUUUUCAAAGUCUUGGUCGCGAGGAGAACAUUAGAUAUUAUUAUAACCCCAAAGUAUUUGUAAAGCAACAUCGAAUUUAUUGUUGUAUUUUAGCGCUUCUUGUUGUGGUUCUUCAAUAAUUGGAAUUAUCAGGGUUUCGAAGUUUUCUUUCAAAUAAAGAAUGUAAAAAAAACCUUUUGUAUAAAAAAUUAUCCCCCUGGUGUGAUCUUUUCUAAUAAUGUUUCCGAAUUCUUUGCUUGAAACAUUAGGCUUUCUCCUUCGUAGCCUUUUAAAAAUCUAUCAAGGUAUUUUAAAAUGUAAAUAAAUAAGUAUUGAAAACUGUUUAUAAUAAUGUAAAAGUCAAAAUAAAGCGAUACUGUGAGAAAAAAUUAGAGGGUAUUAUUAAUACGCGUCUCAAAUAAAUUAAAUAUCACAGAAGACGUAGUUAGUUGUUGUAGGUUAUAUAUGUAAUUAAAAAAUAUUAUGUGUAAAAUUGUUGUAUACAUCAAUGUAUUUAAACUUUUCUAACUUCAUCUUUGAAUAUUUGAUUGACUUUUUUAAUUAAAAAAAAAAUACAAUUAGAUGAUCAAAGAUGUGAGUUCUUCUGUUAAGAUCUUCAAUUCUUUAAGUGUCAUCAACUUUAUUAAAACGAAUAUAAAUCAUAAAGUUUCGACUAAAUAACGACCACAAAUCCCUUACUUAUCAGAGAGAUAACAGUAAACCUAAACAUACAGUAGUGAGAUGUGAUCUCUUUUUAAAAACAAACAACACAUGAGACAUCCUCGUACAAAUACCCAUGAAGUUGAAGGACAGAAUUGAAGAUCCCCAAAACUUUGCCUGAGUCUAUGCUUGAAAAUCGCUUGUCAUACAAGUAGAUCGGUGUUUUCUUACUGAAACAAUAUAAGUAGGUUAAAAAUUAUGUAUGUUUAACAUUAUAAUACAUAAAAUAAGUCAUUAAUUCGAUUCGAUGGAAAAAAUGUUAGUGAUUCAUUCACAGAACUGAAAACGUUAAAAAUAUUCUCGUUAUUAUGUUGUUUGAAAAUAAAUUGAUCGUAACAAGUAUUAUAUCUUUGUAAUAUAUGUAUGUAUCACUGUUGUUGAUUUAUUUAAUAAGCGUCUUCUAUCGUAAGAUUUAUUUAAUUUACAUUUCAAUACUUUGAGACACAACGAAGGAAUUUCUGUUCCCCUCUAUUUUCAUCAAUAGCACAUAUUCCCUUUAAUUAAUUAAUAAUACUAACUGAUAUAUAAUUGGUGUCUAUAAGAUGAUAAAUUUAAACAAUAAUAAUAAUAAUAUUGUAUGUCAACUUCAAGAAGUAGUGAAUGCAUAUUAAUAAUUAUAUAAAAUAUCUGAUUCGUUGUCGAUGUAGCUGUGUCAUUAAUAAAUAAUAAUGAUUAUUAUUGGUACGAUGAUAAAGCUAAUUAUAAUAAUUAUAAAACAAAAAACGAAAACUUCGCACAAUCUGAGGCAAGGAAUUAACAUAGGAAUAAUAGAAUAGGAAUAAUUAAUUGUAAUAUAGUAACUGAUAAUGUUACAGAAUUAAGUGUGAUAGAUAUUUUUACGUUCCAUACUAUUUACUCAGAGUUUCUUUGCAUUAUGACGAUCUGUUUGGGACUAUAUUUUGCUUUAAUUCGUAUUUGUAUUAGUUACUUUGAUAAAUAACCACAGAAAUUUAGUAGGUUAUUGUGUAUAUUUUUGUAUGAUAAUAUUAUUAUUUGACUUUAUUCAGAUAGGUUUGAUUUUAUUACGAUCUUGUAACUAUCUCUGUAGAGUUUUCGAUCAAAUUUAUAAGGAACAAAAUUUAUUAAAAAAAAAUGGUCCAUUAAAUUCUAUCGAGUAAUAUUAAGGUAAUUAUUACGAGUAGCAGCAAAUGUAUACUUAAAAAUGUGUGCUUACGAUUUGUAUUAACUGAAAGGAGUACCUAACAUGCCAAACGAAUUCAAACUUUUGAAGCUAAAAAGCAUGGCUUUAAACGUAUUAGUGGGACUGAAGUUUCAUUGUCAUUUCUAUUUUGUUCUUGUACCAUUGGACAUUGUAAAUACCUUGUUAAUAAACUACUUAAGGCCACAUAUAUUUUAGAUUUUCUUUUUUAAUGAUUCACACAGCGACCAUGUGUUCCGAACUAUUCUAGUCUUGGAAGAUUUUUGAGCAGGUUUCGAUUCCAGAUUCCGUUGUGUCCUCGCUGAUAUAAGUUAGACUUUUGUGCAUUGUUCACGUUUCUGUCGAGGACAAUCGUGGCCUUUUCGUAAUUGAUACCUGAGUUUUUUAUUUUUUUUUCAAUUGAUACCAAAAAAUGAUGAAGCUGUUAGACACCGUUACCGAUGGAUCUCUCUUUUUUAGCACUAAACAGUUACGGUCUUUUGGCUUACCAAAUAGUGGCAUCGCAUCUGCGUUGCCGACUUUGUAAUUGGUUCUAAAACGUUGUACAUAAUUUUUUUGAAACUACCCUCUAUUUAUUAUUGGGUCCUGUUUCAAUUAAAUCUUAUUAUCCGGCAAUAGUUUAAUUAGUUGAUAAGUUGAUUUCAAGCGAGGAUGUAGUCUUGAAACUGUCCCUCGAACGUUGUAUAAAUUAUAUUAAUUCGUAUCUACUAAGGUACAUACUGUAACUGCAUAUAUGUACGUAGUUUUUUAAACUGUUAAGUAUGUAAUAACAUUACUGUAGUUAUGAUGUUAAGGAAAACGUGUACAUUUUGUAUCGUACUUUGUUUCAAUAAUGAAUAUAUAUUAUUAUAUGGUAAAAAUAAAUCAUCCAGUUUUUAAAAAAUAA